AUGCGACAUUAUUUUUAUAUUCAUCUUUCUGUAUUCUUUUGUAAUACACUGAUAUGUGGCGCUAUUGUAUGGAAAAUUGAAGAAUAUCAAAUACCUUAUGUUGAUUGUUGGUUUAUUAGUGCAACAUGUGUAUUUACAUGUGGAUUACAAACAGUUGCUUAUGCUGAUUUUAGUCAACCAUCACAAAUUCUUCUUCUAAUAUUUACAAUGAUUUCUGGUAUCACUGUAAGUACAAUUCCAGCUAUUUUGAUUAAAAUUUAUCGAGCAAAACGAGAUAAAAAUAAUAAUGAAGAAAUAUCAUCAUCAUCGUCAUCAACAAAUGAUAAUAAUGAAUUAGUAAUUCGACAGUUUCUUCGUCGGGAAACAUUGGAUCCUACGUUAGAUGAACAACUUCGAUCAUUACCUAAUUCACAACAUCUUCGUGUUACAGCUUAUAUCAUGUUGAUUGUCAUCAUUCUUUCAACUUGUUUUAUGAUUUAUCUUAUUUCAUUUCUUGCUAUGGGUUUUUGGUUAAAAUAUCAAUAUGAUCCAAUAGAUUUGUUACAAGCAAAUCAAACAAUGAAUCCAUUCUAUGCUUCAUUAAUUCUUACUAUUACCAGUUUCAAUCAGAAUGGACUUUCACCUUGGGAUAAUGGUAUGACUUUAUUUGUUACAGAUAUAUUUAUGAACAUUUUCAUUAUGCUUGCUGUCAUAUCUGGAACAUCAUUAUUUCCAGCUAUUCUUCGUGGUGUUAUUGUUCUACUUAAACAUUUUUCACCUUGGAAAUACAAAAUCUUUUUUGAUUAUAUCUUAUUGAACAAUCAUCGUUUGUCCGCUGUUAUUUUUCCAUCAGUUCAAACACGUCUUUAUGUCUCUGUUACUAUUUUAAUGCAAAUACUUGGAGUAACAGUAGCAUUAAUAUUAGAUUUUCAUAAUGAAAAGUUAGCUAUGUAUGAUGGAGGAGAAAAAUUUAUGAUAUUUAUGUUUCAAGUAGUCAAUACACGUUUUGGAGGUUAUGCAACUAUCACUAUUACUGAUCUUUCGGCUGCAACAUUACUUAUCUUUGUUCUUUUAAUGGGUAUCAAACCUCAAAUGUUAUGUACAAUCAAUGAAACACCAUUUGAAAUGGAAUGGGUUCUUCUUCAAACACAACAACAAAUUGAAAAUAAAGUAUCACAUAGUGGUGGGCAGACUAGUGUUGAUAUAUUUUUACCAGUUAAUCGAAUGAAACAUUACCUUUUACGACAAGGUUCAUUAACAAAAGCAGAAGCUAAAAAUUAUUUUGUAAGAAAAAGUCGAGCUGAAGCAAGUAUCAAUGAAUUAACUGAAAGACGUGUUCAACGUCGUAUGAGUGCUAUGUCUGCUGGUGGAUAUAUAUCAAUAGAAGGGUUUGAUGAUAAAUUAACAAAUAAUAUUCAUAUUUCUCUUCUUCGAAUGAAAUUAUUAUUAAUUAUAUUUUGUCGACAUGUUGUUCUUAGUUUAUUUAGUCUUCUUACGUCAACACGAACAUGGCUAUUUAUUGUUGUCUUUCUUAUUUGUUGUUUUGAAGCACCUCGUGUCAUACCAAGUAAUCCACAAAUUAC